ACUCUAACUAUGCUCAUGGACCUAAAGCGCGCGUCUAUCGGUUUCCGAUGGACGCCGACCAAAGAACCGCAUGGACGAGAGCUAUCCCGCGCAAGGAUUUUGCGCCCACAAAAUACACUGUGGUGUGUGAGAAGCACUUUCUUACAAGUGAUUUCGUGACCACUUCGACCUAUCGAGAUGAGAAAACCGGACGAGUACUUGAAGUUCCUCUCCAGCUGAGACGACUCAAGUCUGGUGCUAUCCCCAGCCUAUUUCCAAACUGCCCUUCGUAUCUUUCUCGUCCCACUACUGUUGUCCGGGAAGGCCCUGAAGAGACGCGGCUUCGUCUAGAGGGAGAAUCACUACAGGAGGCAAUAAGGCAGUCCGUUGAAGCUCACGAAGAAGAGAAGAAAAAGAAUAACAUCAGUACUUUUGAGGACUUGCUCACCGCUCUGACAAGUUUCCAGACAAACACCUUCUGGACAAAACUUGUUACUCACGACAAAGUCCUCUUCCUAAACUUCGAUUCUCAAGAAGCUCCAACCGUGCGGUUUUCUGUGACAGUGUCAGCUGAUUUGAUCGUGAAAGUGUUUGUUGGUGACGUGCAGCUUAACAAGCUCGGGACCCUCGUGCUUCCUGUUUGUUUGUGUGAUCUGCGGGAAAUCGACAAGGUCCUUACUGCUGUGCAAAGUUUGGCAGGAAACUUCUCCAACAGCGAAGAACGCCUGCAGAUUGUCUUGAAGAAGACAGUGGAAACACUGGAUGAACUAGCGUCACAAAGUUUCCCACACGAGUGGCAAGUGGAAGUUGUCAAGUUCGUAAAACAACAAGUCGGCAUUUUACUGAGCAGAACUUCGAGAUACCCUGCGGACUUGCUGGUAUUUGCUAGCCUUGUGUUCACUAUAUCUCCACAUGCGUACAGAUUUAUUAGGUCCACAUCAAAGUUGAAACUUCCACAUCCCGACACAAUUAGACGUGUCUGUGGGUCAUACCGUGUGAACCCAUGCUCUGAGCAACAAGAUGCUUUAUUUCUGUCAUAUGCAAAGAGGCUGGCCGUAGGAAUGAAUGACCACGAAAAAACUGUGACGCUUGUCAUGGAUGAAAUUCAUCUGCAGCCAUACAUUGAUUACAAAGGUGGUGGUCUAGUGACAAGCUACUGCCUUAAAGAGCUUGGAUUCAAGUACGUUUUACUGGGGAAAUUCCAGUCGGACUGCCUUGAGGACAGGUUUGGCAGGUACCGACAGUUAAGUGGCGCACAGUACCAUAUCUCCAUACGGCAGAUGUAUGAAGCGGAGCACAAAUUGAGGCUGCAGAAGGUCCUCGAGCUGCCAGAGAGUGACGAGAUUCCUCUAUGUGCCUCCACUGAUGAAUUUCGAAAGCAACUGCUACUAGCCGAUGCGCUAUCCCGGAUCCCAGAUCAAGACAACAUUCGGCCAAGCGAAGAUGAGGACGUCAGCGUGCACGCUGCUCAAGUCCUGGAGAGCCUCGUCAGUGACAAGAUGAAAAGAAAACUGCAGGCAGAGACGCAACAAGACGAAGAUCUGGGAUUACGAGGUCUGGAGAAAUGA